UGUUUGCUAUUGCCAUUUGUUGUAAAUCAGUGCUCUCUCCCUCUGAACACGGAGUACUCCAAUUGUAUUCGUACGUCAAAUUUCUUUUCCACCUCCUUUCUCUCUCCUAAAUCACUUUUCUCCGGCUACUGAAGUCCGGCGAUUUUCUCUCUUUUCCUAAAUCAUUUUUUCAAUUUUCACCGACUUCCUUCUAUUCCCCCCCCUUGCAAAUCCCAAUUCUCUUUUGUUUUUCCUUCUUCUCUCUCCUAAAAUCCUCCAUUUGUCUAAUUCCCCUUCUCAGACAAACCCUAGAUCUGAAGUUGGGGUUCUCUCAAUAUCUGCAUGAUUGAUGUCUUAAUGCCAAAUUAAGCUCAAGUUUCGGAUCCAUUUCACGUUUAAAGUUGGUGGAUCUUCAAAUGGGGUUUCAAAGUUUGAAUCUUUGGUGUUGUUAGUGCUUGUUUUUGUAGUUUCCUUUAUUUUUGUUGUAGUCUUGAAUAGAGUUGUUGAGGAUGGACGGUGUUUCGGGUCCGAGCACGCAAUCACAACCUUCAUUCGACAAAUCAAGGGUUUUAGAUGUGAAACCCUUGAGAACUUUGGUACCCAUGUUCCCCAAUCCACCACAAGCUCCCCCAUUUGUGUGUUCGUCGCCAUUUGGUCCUUUCCCAUCUGGGUUUACCCCCUUUUACCCGUUUAGCAUGGGCCCACCUGGUAGCCAAACCGGGGGCGAGGCGAGGCCUCAAGAUGGUGGUGGUGCUACUUAUGCCACUCCUGCUGCCGCGGUUCCGUUGAGAUCUUUUGGGACUCCUCAGAUGGGUGCGCAUUUCUCGAAUGGAGAUACAGGGUCUUCCAUGGAAGCGUCAAGGGAUUUACAUUUCGGAGAUGGAGGUGCUACUCCGGCGUCAGGAAGCAAGAGACGAGGAGCUAGCAGGGCAGCUCCCAAGGUUCAGUCCGGCGAUGCAGCCGCUCAGAGAAAGGCACGCAAGAUUGCAAAUGCUGCAUCUGCUGGCGAAAUACGGAAACCUAAUUUGACGAAUGUAGUGGGUUUGCCUCAAGCGCAUAGGGAAGAUGGUAAUAGGGAAGUGGUUAAUUAUGUUAUUAUGAAAUUUGAUGCUGUCCGGAGGCGUUUAAGCCAGCUUGAGGAUUCCAAGGAGGCAUCAACUGGGUUGAUUAAGCGUGCUGAUUUGAAAGCUGGUAACAUUUUGAUGACAGCUGGGUUUCGGACUAAUAGUAGGAAGAGAAUUGGUGGAGUUCCUGGGGUUGAGAUUGGUGACAUUUUCUUUUUUCGUAUGGAGAUGUGUGUUUUAGGGUUGCAUGCUCCUUCCAUGGCCGGUAUAGAUUAUAUGACUGUUAAGACUGAGGCGGAAGAUGAGCCACUUGCUGUAAGUAUCGUGUCCUCAGGAGGAUACGAUGAUGAUGCUGAAGAUCAAGAUGUUCUGGUUUACACUGGUCAAGGUGGUGGAAAUUACAAUAAUAGUGGUAAGGCAGCUUCUGAUCAGAAGCUAGAAAGGGGAAAUCUUGCUUUGGAGAAAAGUUCUCGUCGUGGGAAUCAAAUUAGGGUAAUAAGGGGUAUUAGGGAUACUUCGAAUCCUUCUCUUAAGAUUUAUGUUUAUGAUGGGCUUUACACUAUUCAGGAGUCCUGGAUUGAGAAGGCUAAAUCAGGUGCCAAUCUUUUCAAGUACAGAAUGGUCAGGUUACCUGGGCAAUCUCCAGGUUUUGGAAUUUGGCAGUCUAUUUUGAAAUGGAAAGAAAGUGUAUCAUCGAGGCCAGGAUUGAUUCUUCCUGACCUAACUUCAGGUGCUGAAAGUCUGCCUGUUUCCCUUGUUAAUGAUUUUGACAACGAAAAGGGGCCUCCUUACUUCACUUAUCUUCGUUCAGUCAAGUAUACAAAGUCACUCAACUUGUCUGAGCCUACAUAUGGUUGUAAUUGCCAUAGUGCAUGUGCUGCUGGUGAUCUUAAUUGUUCUUGUAUUCGCAAGAAUGGAGGUGAUUUUCCCUAUACUUCAAAUGGGGUGUUUGUGAGUAGAAAGCCCCUUAUAUAUGAGUGCGGACCCUCAUGUCCCUGCUUUCCUAAUUGCAAGAAUCGUGUGUCACAGAGUGGUCUUAAGGUGAGACUGGAAGUUUUUAAGACUAAGGAUAAAGGUUGGGGCUUGCGCUCUUGGGAUGCUAUACGAUCUGGAAUUUUCAUUUGUGAAUAUGCUGGUGAAGUUAUUGACAAAGCCAAAUAUGAUAGAGAUGAAACUAGUGAUUAUGUUUUUGAUACUAGUCGUGAUUUUGAUAAAUCAUUUAAGUGGAACUAUGAUCCUCCAUUGGUGGGUGAGGAUACAGCUGAAUCUACUGAGGAUUAUGACAUCCCUACUCCAUUGAUCAUUAGUGCCAAAGAUUCUGGUAAUAUUGCUCGCUUUAUGAACCACAGCUGUUCUCCUACUGUUAUCUGGCAGCCUAUUGUCUAUGAGCAGAAUGGUGAAUCCCAAAUCCAUAUUGCAUUCUAUGCCAUGCGACACAUCCCUCCAAUGACCGAACUCACUUUUGAUUAUGGUAUAUCCCAGUCCGAUACUAGGAGGAAACGCUGCUUAUGUGGUUCCCCAAAAUGCAAAGGUUAUUUCGGUUGACACCUCCGACUGCAGGUUAUCUAUCUUUGGAAGCAGCUGCGCUGAUUGGGAUUAAAUCAUCUGCGUUGACAGAGAUUGAGUGUGUGGGUACAUGGAAGUAAUUCCGUCUUUAUUUUUGUCAUCAUCAUGCGUUGUUCAUUGUGCGGCAGAUGUUCCCAAUGUGCUUCCUGACUUGUAACUUCCUUUCCAGCGGAAUGUAGUGUAGUCUGUAGCUUUUGAAGCUCAAUGUUAAAUGUUAAAUGUUAAAUGUUAAAUGUUAAAUGCUAAAUGUUAAAUGUUAAAUGUUAAAGAUAUGUAUAUCAUUAUGUUAGUUUUCGGUGUAAUUUAGCUGUAGCUGUUGGUUUGUUGUUGCCGAUACCCCAUAUUCUGGCAACAAGUAGCUUUUGGAUUUAGCCCAUAUUUGGCCAUGUAAGUCAUCUUAGAUCAACUUUUUUCCUGUAUUGUAAAUGUGACCUAGACAGAUGGGCUUCUCAGUUCUCAUAUAUUCUCAUAUAUCUAGUGUUUUCACUCUUUAUUUUCAA